AUUUAAGAGCCACAACCGCAAUGGACAACAACGAUUCAAUUUUUAAAGAAAAAUAUCAAAAAUACAAAUUGCGCGUAAAGGUAUGGGAGAAAGACUUCAAGAAAAAACGCGGGCGUGUGCCCUCCAAGUACGAUAUACGCGAAGCCCCGCAGGAGAUUCGCGACUCCUACAAAAUGUACUACAAGCUUAAGACCUCAUUUCUAGAGGAGACACUGAACGACGUGCUCAGCGAGGAUGGGUUUGAUGUGCUAGAAAUGUCGCAGGCAGACGAUCUCGGCGUUAUGCCAUUGACCGAAACUAGCUUUACAUCGGAGAGUGUUAAUGGUGGCCCACAACUUCCUUUUGACAUAUCCGCACUCGUUAAUCAGAGAAGCAGCGACAACUUUUCAAACCUCAAUGAAUUGCCUACACCUCACGCCCACACAAAUCUGAUGAAUCAAGAUGAGAACCACGUUAUACGUAACUUCGAAGCCGUCGAUGAAUUAGCACAGAAUAAAAGCGCCUGGGGUGAAGAAGUUAGCAAGCAGAAGCCAAUGGUUAAGUCAACGAUGGAAACGGGUCAUCGUCUAGUCGGCAUAAAGUCCAAUCUUAGUGCCAAGUUGUUUCAGCCAGGCCGGAGCUUUGCCAAGCGGAAUCCUCGAAAGCCAUUGUCACGCAAUACAAUCACUGUAGGUGUGGCUGGAAAGGAUUCUGGUGUUGGUCCGGACGAGAUGAUCGACCAGCUUCCUGAUCUGGAAACAAUACUCAAACGCAAAGCCGAAGAAUAUAAGGCUACAAUAGCAGCCAAUCCUCUCAUGGAUGGAGAUCUUGGAAAGGAUGUCAUCAAAACUCACGUAGAUGAGGGUUGGUUGCAGCGCACCACAGCGCAAAAUGCCUUGGAAAAAUACCCUCCGCCGGUAAAGGACGAAUCUAACAACAAUUCCAUGAAAAAUACGACACCGUCAUUGGCUAAGAAACAUAACUACGGUCUAAAUAAUAUAGAUAUCACUAAGCUACAGCUUCCAAUCCCACCUAAAGUGGAUCAACAGCCUAUACCAAGACCCAUACCUACAGAUAAUGUAUUGCCUGAAAGUGAUGAAAAAAAGAAUGAAAUGAUGCAUGAAAACGCUUAUGAUUCAGAAUCCGACUCUGUUGUGGACGAUAGCGAUGGCGGCGAAACACAAGAGCCGCAGUAUAGACAUAUCGCCAAGAGACGAAGAGUUAUCCCCACAACAUCACAAACAGAAGAUGUUGCUGAUAAGCCAGCUGAAAUCGCCCCAUAUGAGGAGAAUGAAGAGGAAAUGGGCAAAGAUUUCUCUGCCGACGAGGAACUUGAUGCCAACUAUGAGCCCGAACUGCCGAAACAUAAGCGCAAGAAGGCGAUAGCCAAGCGUCAAACGGCAACAGAGAGAAAGGUAGAAAAAUCGCGCGAACCAAAAGUGAAGGGUGAAUCGUUACGGAAGAAGAGAGCAGCCACCGCCACGGUUUCUAAAACUAGGGUCAAAACCGGUAAAGCUCUGGCCGCACCCAUUAAGAACACAAAAACAAAUUCCAAAGUCGAACCAGGAGCGACUACUGCUGUUGAAGCCGAGAACGAACCGCUAGAGGAACAACCACUUAAUCCUGAAGAUCUCAAAUACGUCCUGGCAUUGGAGGCAGGUGAUAUCACCUCAGUGCCGCGUAUCAAACUUGCUGAGCUGGAACAGGUCGAUGCAACAGCGCAGCGUUACAUAAGCAAUUUCGCUGCACCGUCCACUACCGCACAAAUAGUAGACGGGAAGAUCGAUGAAAAACGCGUGGCGGCUCGGAAGAAAUUGGAGGAGAAAAUUGCCUCCGGCAAAUUAAAUGAGAAUUAUGUGACCAUCAACAUACAGAAGAAAAAAUUUGCGCGCGGAAAAAAACACGCGAGCUACAGCAAGUACAAAAAACAACAGUGGAAGCACAAGAAGCGGGUGGCAGCGCUCUCUGGACCAGAUAUGGAUAUGGGCGGUUGUGAUGGUGGUGUCUUGACCUGUUUUAACUGUGGGGGCGUGGGCCAUUUUGCGCAACAAUGCAAGGUAAAGGGCGACGCCCUACUGCCGCUCAGUGCACAAAUUGAAGAGGAUCCCUCGCCAUUUCCCACGCUUGCCGAAGCGGAAGCGAUGGCCACUCAAGGCGCGGUGGCAGCGCAUAGUCGCAACAUUGCGAAUAUGCCGCAAGCAGCAAAUGCUGCAAUUUAUCAACAGGGGAGCAGUGAAAGUAAUGACGAAGACACUACAGGCGAACAAGAAUCUGACGCUAGUAUUGAGAAGCAUAGCAACAUCAAUUUAUCCGAAGAUGAGGAGCACGUUUUAGACAUAGACUUUGAAGCGAUGGACGCGGCGGUGGCAGAAAGUUCCCAGCCAGCGAAACAAACUUCGCCCAUUAAGGAAUACGUUGGUCACAAAAUACCCGAAGAAUUUCUGAAAAAAGCAGGCCUGGACAUCGGAAGUGCAAAUGCUUCAAUACGUGGCGGGCAGGGAAGUGGUGUCAAUCCACUAUAUGAGCUAAAUGCGAAUGGCGAAGUGCGCGACGUAACACCAGAAGUAAUGGAGGCGCUUCAUAUGUUCGGACACAGUAAUUUUCGCAAGGGUCAGGACCGAGCUGUUAUGCGCAUAUUAUCUGGUCUCUCCACGCUGGUUACUUUGAGCACGGGUAGUGGAAAAUCGCUGUGCUACCAACUGCCCGCCUAUCUAUACAGUCGUCAGCAACGCGCUAUUACGCUAGUUAUUUCACCAUUGGUCUCGCUAAUGGAGGAUCAGGUGACGGGCGUACCACAUUUUCUACGGGCUCACUGCCUGCACACCAAUCAGACGCCGCAGCAACGCCUAAAGAUUCAGCAACUGAUAGCCGAUGGUGAGAUUGACAUACUACUUGUAUCCCCCGAGGCUGUAGUCUCGGGUGAGCGCGCCACUGGCUUUGGUGCUAUUCUGCGACAGCUUCCACCCAUUGCAUUUGCCUGCAUUGAUGAGGCCCAUUGUGUGUCUCAGUGGAGUCAUAACUUUCGUCCUAGUUAUUUGAUGAUUUGCAAAGUGCUUAAGAAAAAUUUGGGGGUGCAAACCGUCCUAGGACUAACGGCCACAGCUACUUUACCGACCCGCGUCAGCAUCAUUAACCAUUUGGGCAUAACAGAUGGAGAGCGUGGCAUUAUCAGCGACAUACCCCUACCAGACAACCUAAUCCUGUCCGUAUCCAAAGAUGAGAAUCGGGAUUCCGCGUUGCUCCAAUUGCUGAACAGUCCCAGAUUCGAGCCUUGCCAGUCUAUUAUAAUCUAUUGCACGCGUCGUGAUGAAUGCGAACGCAUUGCUGGUUUCAUCCGAACAUGUUUGCAGGAGCGCAAGACCAAUUUGGAACCACAACAGGGAAAGAAGAAACGCAAGCGAGUUAACUGGCAGGCUGAGCCUUACCAUGCCGGAAUGCCAGCAUCGCGUCGUCGUACCGUACAAAACGCAUUCAUGGCCAAUGAGCUACGCAUAGUGGUGGCUACCAUUGCCUUUGGUAUGGGCAUUAACAAACCAGAUAUUCGAGCUGUCAUUCACUACAAUAUGCCUCGAAAUUUUGAGAGCUAUGUGCAGGAAAUCGGACGCGCUGGCCGUGAUGGAUUGCCCUCGCAUUGUCAUCUGUUCCUCGAUGCAAAGGGUGGAGACCAGAGCGAACUACGCCGUCAUGUCUAUGCCAAUUCCAUUGAUCGACAUGUCAUACGAAAGUUGCUACAGCGCAUUUUUGUGCCCUGUUCCUGUGACAAGCAGGCGACAGCAGGAACUUCUACAGCCAGCAAAGAGCAAGAAAUGGAUCCCGUCGAUGCAAACGAUCUAAGCGAAAGUACAAUAGUAAGGCCACACAUUUGUCCGGGCCAUGAAAUUGGAUUCUCUGUGGAGAAAACUGUCGAAGCAUUAGACAUACCGGCUGAAAAUAUCUCGACUCUGCUGUGCUACAUGGAGUUGGAUCCACGCUGGUGCAUGAAUGUGCUCAGCUCAGCUUACAUAAUGGCUAAAGUUAUUUCAUAUGGCGGUCCCAAAUAUCUCAAGCAUGCUGCGAAGGAGUGUCCACCUCUAGCCAUGGCCAUUGCCCUACAGAUUAAACAAAAAACCUUUAAGGAAGACUCUAACAUAAUAGAGUUCUCGGUAGUUGAUAUUGCUGCUGGCAUUGGCUGGAACAGUGGUGUAGUGAAGUACCAACUAAAAAACUUGGAAUGGGUUCAAGUCAACGGUUUUCCAAAACGAUCACCUCUCACUGUCAGCUUUUACGAUCUCGGCUUUCGAAUUAAGGCGCCUGGUGAUUUCAGCGAAACAGAAAUCGAUGCUGCUCUGGACACGCUCUACACACGCUCUGUCAAACAGGAACGCACCCAACUUAUUCAACUACAAUAUGUAGCUCAUGGUCUCUCGGCUGUGGCAUAUACGACGUGCACCCAUUGCUGUAGUGCUGAUUUUCCGCAGGACCGCUGUACCCAAUUGAAGGCUAUCAUUCGCAAUUACUUUCGCAAUGAUUAUCCACAGGACUUGGAGCUGGAAAUUGAGCCAAGCAAUGUUCCGGAUGAGCACAUUAUUGCUGAUGUUCACGCUCUGAUCAACAUGUAUCCUGAUAAUAACUUUAGUGGACGUACAAUUGCGCGCAUUUUCCAUGGCAUACCCAGCCCCAACUAUCCAGCUGUAAUGUGGGGACGCUGCAAGUAUUGGCGUGCCCAUACAAAGAUCGAUUUUAAUCGUGUAGUGCAGUUGGCGAAUUUAGAAAUUGUCAAGAGGCGAAUGUGAUCAAUUUUAAUGUAUCUUUCUCUGUUGUUCGUAUGAUUAGUUGAAAAUAUGUAAGUAAAAGUGCUUCUUAUCAAAUAAAUUUAAUUUAAUAUAA